AUGAUAUAAAUCGAUAAUAAUUCUGAAAGUGAAGGAAACAUUAUGGAAAAUUUAGAAGUUAAGGAAAGGAUAACUGUUUCUAGCAGUUCUUAGAAUUCAACUCGUAAUUCAAGCAUGGAUAAAGGCACCCCAUCUUUAAAUUAAGAGCAAGAGGAAGUGCAUAAUGCUUUUUACAAUUAAAUUAAUAAAUUAAAUACAGAUGAGACAGAAAACAAAAGUGAAGAAAUAAGCGAUACUGAUCUCUAAAAAUUAUACUAAGUAGAAGAAGUAGUUAAAGAAGGAGUGCUUUAAUAACUAUUUUCAAUGUCUUUUAACAGCAUUGAAACAAGAGAUUAAGUGCUCAGUUUAGUUAAAAGCUGGUAAGCUGUCAAAUCAUAACCAAAUGAUGAAAGUAGAACUUACGACGCUCAUAAAGAAGGAGGAAAGAAGUGCUUUGAUACUUUUUUAGUAAGCACUCUAAGAAGCGUAGCUAAAGAAGUUAUUAAAUAAAUUGGUAGAAAGCUUAUCUCAGGAGACUUUAACUUGACAACAAUUUCAUUCCCAAUUAGAGCUAUGAUUCCUAAAAGCUAGCUUGAAUGUCAAUUAUAUAGCACCUGCUAUUACCCACUUUUUAUGAAUUUAGCAUCCCAGUCUAAUGAUCCUCUGGAAAGAAUGAAACUUUCAAUCACAGCAAGCAUUUCAAGUUUCCCAAUAGCUAACUAAUUCUAUAAGCCAUUAAAUCCAAUUUUAGGAGAAACACUGGAAGGAAGCUACCCAGAUGGCACUUAGCUCUUCGCAGAGUAGGUAUCUCAUCAUCCACCUAUUACAUACAUUUAUGUAACCGGACCUCAAAAAAAAUACGUUUCGUAUGGCUAUGGUGAAUUCGAUGCAUCUGCUGGUUUGAAUUCCCUUAAAAUUAAAAAUAAUGGCAAAAGAUUUUUUAAAUUCUAAGAUGGAUAAUUAAUUACUUUCAAUUAGGGAUACGAGUAUUUUUCAGGUACUUUCUUUGGAACAACUAGACAUGAAACUUUAGGAAAGAUAAUGUUCUAAGAUACCAAAAAUGAAAUUGAAUGUAAGAUUAAAUUUGGAAAAGUGAAAAAGAGACCCACUGAUUUCUUUGAAGGAGAAAUUAAAGUGAAGGGUAAACUAUGCUCUAAGGUUUACGGUUCUUAUUUAGGAUUUAUUGAAUUCGAUGGUGUCAGAUACUGGGAUCAUAGAGUUUAAUUACCUUUUAAAAACAAUAUACUUAAGAGCAAAUUGGGCAGUGACCAUUCUUUAAGACAAGAUAAAAUAUAAUUAAGCUAAGGCAAUAUAAAAUAAGCUUAAAUCGAAAAGGAAAAACUUGAGUAAAUUUAAAGAAAUGAUCGUAAACUAAGGAAAUAAUUUGAAGAAAAAAAGAAAGAACUUCUUAAAAAAUAAGAAAAAGAAGCAAAGAAAAAAGCUAAAAAAUGA